UGAUAUUAGCGCUGUGCGCGGUAUAUGCGUGUGUCGAGUGUGCCAGAGCAAGUGAUUGAUUCCCGUUGUGUCAAAAAUUAUAGGUUUUAGGCGCAAUUUUGUAUGCCGUCCGCGACCGCGGCCCCGAUUCAAGGUACUUGUAUGGUAGCCCGCGUCGGCGUCCAGCGCCCGUCACAACUAUGAUCAAAUUAUUCUCGUUGAAACAAGCGAAAAAGGAUGGAGAGUCACCCAAGGCUGGCACCCAGAAGAAGGCAUCCGCAGCACAGUUGAGAAUCACGAAAGACAUAAACGAACUCAAUCUACCGAAAACAUGCGGCACGGAAUUCCCGGAUCCCGAUGAUCUGCUCAGCUUUAAACUGAUCAUCUGUCCAGAUGAAGGAUUUUACAGGGGUGGUAGAUUCGUGUUUAGUUUCAAAGUUGGACCCAAUUAUCCACAUGAGCCACCAAAAGUGAAGUGUGAGACUCAGGUUUAUCACCCUAACAUUGACUUGGAUGGUAAUGUGUGCCUGAAUAUUUUGAGAGAGGACUGGAAGCCUGUACUCACAAUUAACUCCAUCGUCUAUGGUCUCCAAUAUCUUUUCUUAGAACCAAAUCCUGAAGAUCCACUAAAUAAAGAUGCUGCUGAGGUUCUACAGAACAACAGAAGGGCGUUUGAGCAAAAUGUAUCGAAAGCUAUGCGGGGUGGUUAUGUAGGAUCGUAUUAUUUCGAACGGUGUCUCAAGUGAUACAGUGCCUCGUCGUCGAUACUGUAUACGCUUCUUCAAGGACUCACUGUAGGUGAAGAGAUCCCAACAUACGGGAUAAAUGCAGGACCCUGUCGCAGUGUCCUUGUUGUCACUUGUGUGACCACAUUAACGUAUUUACUUUCUUUAUGUCUUGCCAGGCCUAUGUCUAUUUAAUCGAACAACUUCGAUUAACAAAUUUGCUGGCAAUAUCAUGCGCACCGUUCACUCUUUCCGGUAAUUACGAAAAAAAAGUCUACUGGCCGCGAUAUCGUUUUAGCGAAUUUGAGGCGCGGUUGUGAGGGGAUCGUAGGAUUAUAGUUUGACACGAUUUGGCAGAUGAUAGAUGUUACGAUGUAAGACACUUAAUUGUGUUAAACAUAAUAUAAUUCUGGGCUAUAUCGAACCUUGAAAUCGGCUUUGCGUCUUUAUAGAUAUGUUAAUUUAUAAAGUAUUUAUUUCUCCGGAUAUACAUACAUAUAUAUACACACGCACACACACACACACACAUAUAUAUAUAUAUAUAUAUUAUAUAUAUAUAUAUAUAUAUACACAUAUACACACGUAACUCUCCCAUUGCCAUUGUAGCUUUUCACCGCAGCAUCUAUCAAAAUUUUGCUCCUCAUUUAAUCAUGUGUACAAGUAACUUAUGUAUUGACUGAGAAUGGAAUAUAAGGCUGUUAUGGAACUAUA